UCAUCCUGCGUACUGACGUCGUUUACUCUCCUGGAAAAUCCCGCGGCUUACAUGUAGCUGCCGGAUACCCUCAUGUGGCUCUUCAUUAGUCAAAAAAACUGACAACGAAGGAAUAAAUUCGUUUAACAUUUUUGGGUACAGACAGAUCUGUUCUGUCCUCAAAAUGAGUGAAGACGCGGACUCCCCUCCUGAGAGGGAAAUGAAGGAUUUUCAGUUCCGUCAGAUGAAGAAGGCGAGAGUUUUCAACCCCUCUGAUGAACUACCAAAAGAAAGAACCAAUCUCCUCACCAUCUCAAACAAAUUUGGACUCACUUUUGUCGGCCUUCACAAAACAUUCAAAGUCUACCUAACUCAAGACAUUCUGGCGGCUGAUAAAAAUGAUGGCAACUCCAAUGAAAUUGUUGAGGGGAUUGCAUCUUUGGCAGAGGUGACUGUGGACAUGUCUCUGCACCAGCUAGCUCUCAGUUGUGAUGAGUUAACUUUGUCAGUAUGUGGAACAUCUGACAAUAUGAGUUUGUCCCUCACAUUCUAUGAUGUCCGCACCUUCAUGAACAAGGGAAGACCUCAGAAGUUACCUUUCGCCUCACUGGUGCCAGCGGUUCCUCCCGGCUCUGUGGUCCAGGACUUGAAGUGGAAUCCUCUACAGGCGUCCAUGCUGGCUGCUUGCCUGUCUGACGGCAGUAUGAUGAUCGUGGACGUCACAGACGGCGCCAAAGUUACCGCCGAGCUGCCUGCCUCAAGUGGCAUCACGUGCAUUGGCUGGAGUCCAAAAGGAAAACAGGUCGCUGUAGGAAAAAUGGAUGCCACUGUUAGUCAGUAUACACCAGCACUAGAGCAAAAGAAAGUCAUCCCAUGUCCUGACUUCUACACCUCUGAUGAGCCUGUGAAAGUUCUGGAUGUGCUGUGGCUGAAAACCUUCGUGUUUGCAGUGGUGUAUGCUGCUGCAGACGGCUCUCUAGAGACCCCUCCUGAGCUAGUGCUGAUCUCCCUCCCUAAGAAGGAUGAGAAAGUGGAUACAAAGUACCUGAACUUCAGUGACACCGUGUACGGCAGCUGCACUGAGCGACAGCACCACUACUUCCUCAGCCAUGUAGAGGAUUGGGAUCUUGUGUUUGCUGCAUCAGCGGCUUCCAUUGAAGUUAGCGUCAUAGCUAGACAAGAUGACAAGAUCUGGGAGCUUUGGAUUCUGGAGGAUGCGAGUCGAGCUGAACUCCCGGUGACCGAGACAAACGAAGACACUCUUCCCCUCGGCUUAGCGAUAGACUUCACCAGCCAGCAGGAGAUACAAAUCACCGAGGAGAAGACCCUGCCUCCUGCUCCCAUCAUGAUGAUGCUCUCCACUGAGGGAUUGCUCUGCCCCUUUGCCCUGCUCAAUCUCAAUCCUGGGGUGAAGCAGCUGGUCUCAGCCCCUGCCAUGCUUGCCUUGGAUGGAGAGAGACCGCCCAAGCCAGGGUCUUUGGCAACACAAGCUCCCAAAGUCGCUGCCUCCGUCCCAUCUGCCCCAGCCACGUUCGCAAACCUCGGCUUGGCUCCAGCAGCUGUUUCAACUCCUCCUGCUCCCGCCGCCUCCUUCUCUGCUGCCCCGUUCGGCAUGGGUCCCACAGCUCCCGUAUCAUCAUCAUCCUCAUCAGGCUUCACUUUCUCAGUCCCAACUACGAUCGCCAGUUCUAUGCCGUCAGCUUUCUCCAUGGGGGGACCAACAGCAUUUGGGUCGACAUCCUCAGUAUUCUCCUUUGCCUCCAAACCUCCGUCUGAAACUCCCUCAGCUUCUUCAGCAUUUUCAUUCGCACCCACCAUCAAACCAUCAGCAGUGGCAGCUCCAGCCCCGGCUCCUGUUAUAACCUCUGCUCCUGCUCCUGCGUUUUCUCCUGCUCCUGCUCCGGUGUCAACACCAACACCAACACCAACACCAACCCCAACACCAACACCACAGACCAUUGCUGCUCCCUCUCCUCCAACUGUGAAACUAAAUCUCAAUGGGAGGUUUUCAGCCCUGGAGGCCCCAGCAUCAGCCUCACAGCCAUUCUCCUUCAACUCCCCGCUGCCCAAAGCAAUCGUUCCCAGCAGUUUGACCGCACCGCCAACCUCGGCAACUAAGCCACCAGCUGGUCUGACUCCAGUGCGUCCAGUUCAGAGCAGCACACCACCCACAGUCGUCCAGAAACCUGCUCCUGCCACGCAGGGCCGUGUUCAAACCUCACAGGCAGCUGUAAUGAAGGCCCUGGAAAAGCAGCUGCAGCAAAAGAAAGAAUCUGAUCCCAUUAUGGCUGGCAUACUGGAGGAGAUUGCACAUUUCCAGAAGGAGCUGGACGACCUUAAAGCACGAAGCUCAAGAGCUGACUUCAAAGUCGGCACCAAUGACGAGAUGAAGGAGUUGAGGAAGGAUUCAGAGGAUCUCCAUAUUUUCACGCUGGAGAUCAAGGAAACAACUGAGUCUCUCCAUGGUGACAUUGGCACUCUGAAGACCACCUUACUGGAGGGCUUUGCUGGGGCAGAAGAAGCCAAAGCUCAGAGUGAGCUGAGCAGAGACAGAAAUUACAGACAGCUGCUGUACAAAAAACCUCUGGACCCACGCAGCGAGGAACAGCUGAAGGAGAUUCGUAGGUUGUACCAGUAUGUUAUGUUUGCUGUGGAAGACGUGAAUGAUGUGUUGGAUGUGGAAUGGGAGAAACACCUGGAGAAGAAGAAAAAGCAGAAGCAUAUGGUCGUGCCGGGCCGAGAGGGGCUGUUCACCACACUGGCCAACAACCUGUACAUUAUCAACCAGCAAAAGAACAGACUGGAGCAGCUGGAGAAGGAACUCACAUCACUGCGCCUUUACAAUAAGACCACCCCUCCAACUAUAGAGCCCAGCACUUCUACCGCACGAACAGCGAGCAUGGAGAGCGAGCUAGACAGUUUAAGGGAUGCGCUUGUUAAAGCCAAGCUGGACACCACUUCUCCUAAGGCCAAAGCCAAAUCACCAGCAGCGAAGAUUUCACCGGUGAAACAGUCUCAGCUGCGUAACUUCCUCUCAAAGGGUCAGAUGCCUCCUGUCCGCUCAACAGCUCCAGCUAACUUGUCCCGUUCGGCCUUCCUGUCACCCAAAUACUACGAAGACUUAGACGAUGUGAGCUCCACGUCCUCCCUGUCCCAGUCUCUGGAGCCACACCCGGCUCACCUCGAGCUUGAGGAUGAAGAGGAACUACAGUCGGAACCGUUUCCUCUGCCUGUCCUCCCUCCAGCAAUGACCAUUCCCCGCCACCCCACCGUCGUGAGGACCCCCUCUAUUCAGCCGGGCUUCGGUGCCAUCCAGUCCACGCCUUUAGCCAAACUACACUCUGUGCAGAGUAUGGGGUUUGGACUCAGCCCUAUUGCAAGCCCUGUUCCAUCUAAUAAGAUCAACCUCAGCGGGGCUGAUAGCACGGCCCUCGCUACAAAGACAGUAAAACAUGGAGCCCCACCAACCGAGAGGAACAUCCCUGUCAACAUCCCCGCCCACCAGGCUGCUGCAGCUGCUCUACGCAGGCAGAUGGCCACCCAGAAGCCAGCCGUCAUCAGUGCUUCCUUGACAGAGUCUACUUUGAAGACCGUACCUCAGGUCGUCAACGUCCAGGAGCUGAAGGACAAGGGGCCUCCUGUGGUUUCCAACAUCAGCUCACCCAUACCAGAGCCGGGCGGUCAAGCCUUCGCAGCAGUUUCUUCAAACCAGGCAAAACGAAAUUCUGCCCAGGGUAUUCAGAAGAUUUCUUCUGAAGGUAUGACCGCUCCACAGUCAGGCUUUGUGUUUGGCCAGCCGUCCAAAACAGAUAUUUCUGUAGCUCCUGCUAACUCUGCAGAGCAAAGCAGCAGCAAAGGUUUCUCUUUUGCAUCAGGAAAUCCAGGCUUCAGUUUUCCUACAGUCACUCAAGGAAUUGGGAUGUCACAAGCAAAGGAUGUAAAUAAAUUCUCCUUUGGUGGAAAUGGCAAGAUGAUGUUUGGGCAACCCGGAGAAGAGCCAUUCUCCCUCACCCCAAAGUCCACAUCCCCUGCUCUCGGAACUGCUUCACCCACCCCGCCUCCAUACCCACAAGGAGAAAAAGCCACAUCUGCCCUCAGGGUGGAUCCACAGCCCCCUAAGAUAGUUGGAGGGGAGACUCUGGGUAGUUUUUCUGGACUGCGUGUUGGCCCGGGAGAAGAAGCUAAAGAUGGAUACACCAAAACCCCUGUGGCAUCAUUUGCAUUUGGAGAAGCUGGAAUUAGUGCUGGGAAGGGAGCAGCACAGUUUAGCUUUGCUGCAGGUCUCCAAAAGUCUGCAGAGGACACCGCAGGAGUAGAUUUAUCCAAGGGGGCAGCAUCAGGCAGUUUGUUCAAGCCUCCUGAAUCGACCCCAAAGCCAGCCUUCUCUGUUCCUCAGCCUAGCCUAGCAGCCUCCCCUCUCCCGACAUCCUUAAGUAGUCUUCUUGCUGCUUCUGCAGACUCCAUAGAGCAACAAAAAGCCACACCACCACCUUCAGAGCCCACACCUCCUCCACCAUAUAGAGAGCCCGAACCUGAACUAGUUGUAGAGCGUAUAAGCCCCCCAGUUUUACCCGAGCCUGCAGCUGAUUCAACCACCACAGAAACCCCAUUAGCUACAGUUACAGCACCAACACCUGCACCAGCUGCACCCACCCCAGAACCUCCUUCCGCCAUCACCCCACCAGCCGAAGAAACACCUCAAACACAACCACUGGCUAGUGCAGCUCCUACAGUAGAAACCACUCCAGACACUACCUCUGCUGCUCCUGCUCCUGCUCCUGCUCCUGCCCCUGUGCCCAUUUCUGAUGCUGCCCCAACCAUCUCUCAGUCAGCUCCUGCAGUGUUCCAGGCACCCAGUUCUGACAAACCAGGCUCCAUUUUUACCCAGGCUGCACCUGCAACAACAGACAGCAGUACUGUUGAAGCUGUACCAGUUAUUAGUACCGUCGCCAUUGCUGCCAGCACGCUCACCCCUACAGUUGUGAGCAGCACAACAACUACCACUGCUGCCUCUGUUUUUGGGCAACCUGCUGCACCUCCAGCUUCCUCCAGCCCUGCAGCACCUGCAGCCACAGGAUUUAGCUCAGCUGGUUUUGGCGCAGCAGCUGGUACCGGUUUUGGCAAAGCGGUAUUCGGCCAGGUGAGUGGCUUCGGCCAGCCUGCUAGCAACACAGGGGCAGCCAGUGGCUUUUCUUUCAGCCAAUCAGCAUUUGGAGCGACUCCUAAUAGCGCGACAACCGGAGGGGGUCUUUUUGGUGCCGCCACAGCCACCAACGCCAGCUCUUUCUCCUUUGGAACGAGCAGCGCCAACACAGCCAGCAGCACAGGCUCAGGGCUGUUCGGACAGAGCACAGCACCAGCUUUUGGACAGAGCUCUGGAUUUGGGCAGGCGUCUGUUUUUGGGAGCAACACCACCACAUCCUCGUCUUCAGGAUUCAGCUUUGGACAGCCGUCAGGCUUCGGCUGCUCUUCCUCCGCACCUGUGUUUGGCUCACAACAAAACGCUGGUGGUGUGUUUGGACAGCAGCAACCAGCUACCGGCGGAGGUUUGUUCGGUUCAAAUUCAGCCAAUACACCAGGCUCAACUGGUGGUGGAGGGUUCUUUGGAGGCCUGGGAGGAAAACCAAGUGAAGAAGCUGCCAACAAGAACCCAUUUGGCACCCCAGCAGCCCCCGCGGGAUUUGGACAGCCAGCUCAGACAGGUACCACGGGCCUGUUUGGGAACAGCGGUGCAAAGACCUUUGGAUUUGGACAAGCUGCCUUUGGCGAGCAGAAACCCAGCGGGACCUUCACUACAGGCGCAGGGAGUGUGGCAUCACAGGGAUUUGGCUCCUUUUCUACUCCAGCAAAACAAGGUGGUUUUGGCAGCGCUCCAGUGUUUGGGAGUUCCCCUUCUUUCGGCAGCCCCCCUGCAUUUGGAGGUGGAGCGGCAUUCGGAGGGAACCCUUCUUUCAGCGGCAACAUGGGCUCGUCUGCCGGUAAAGUCUUUGGAGAGGGAACAGCCGCUUCCAACAUGGGAGGAUUUGGGUUCGCUUCACCUCCCAGCGGCCCGUCUUUCGGCGCUCUAGCCAAUCAAAGCGCGCCGCCGUCGUUCGGGGGCCUGGCACAGCAAGGCCCUGGGUUUGGAAGUCAGCCCAGCAGCUUCUCAGGCUUUGGACAACAGCCACAGGCGGGAGGAUUCUCUGGAGGCACCUUUGGGUCAACAAACCAGACAUCUUGAGAGAGACAGUACCAAAUCAUGCCAGGACCGGGAAUUGAUCCUACAACCAGUGCGAUGAGAACUGUAGCCUCUGUACAUGAGGCGCCUGCUCUACCAACUGAGCUACACCAGUGCCCCCUGCUCUCACAUCUGUACCCAAUAACUGUCAUCACUUCCUGGCUCAAGACCAGCCUCAGAUGGAAACUAACAUUUUUUGCCACAGUGUCAACAGGUCAAAUGUGCCGGACUUCUUUAAAAUUAUUGAUUUGAUAUAUGAUCAGGUUGUCUCAUGCUUCACUUUUGUUGGGAGUUAAUCACUGUUGUUAUGAGGUUUUGACCAAUCAGAGUCAGUUAUUCAACACUGACUGGUAAUAAAGCUGGGUAGUAAAAUUACCUUGAGAGCUGCUCUAGACAGUUUUCUUGAAUCUACCAGCAGCCAAAUCCCCAAACUGUCUUAAAAUGUCUGAGUCAGAGUCGUCCAUAUCUGUGCCUGUAUAGAAAGGGAAAAGCUCCCUGCCUCUACUGUGGACCUGAGAUUAAUUCCAAGCUGUUACCUCUUUGCUUAAUGUGGUAAUAUUAUACAGUAUACUCAGUGAUGAACUGAAAAUAAAAGAACCCAACGGAGAACUUUGCAAUCCUUUGAGAACUCCAUUAAGAGUUAUCGUGAUGGUGCACUGCAGAAGAAAUGGAGAAAACUCAUUAGCUUUUAUUUCUCUUCCAGAGCGGGCGUAGGCCCUCUUGCAUUUUAAUUACUCAGUUCAGAUUCAUAUACUGGAGUAAUUUGACCACAUGUUUUGUGUUGGUGGGAUAAAAAGAGCUACCGAGAGCUUUGUAGCUCAGAAGUUUUUAUCAAAUAUUUAUUUUGAUGUUCUUUGAAUCCUCUGUGAAGAUGCAUUGCAAUACAUGUGUGAAUGAACAGAAGUGAUGAAUGGGGGGAGGGGUUGUUCACAUAAAUGUUCCUUCAACAGUGAAAUAAAGUCAAGGAUAAAGCCA